UAACGGGACGGCGGUUGUCCGACGGGCGACGGCCACCGAUCCCGGAGGGCUGCGUCUCGGCGGGAUCCCCUCGACGGUUUCUUGCCGCUCAAAUCCGGUGGCCUUAUCUCCAUGGAGAAGCUGACGUGGUUUCUUUGGUUGAAGCUACCUCAUGGGACCAAGGGCACCGCGCCUGCCGCCCGCGCUGUGUUCGACCUUAUGGCGCUGAAGCACAGGCACCGCUGAGGCUACCUUCGAUCACCAUUACGGGGUUCGAGGCCGCACAGACGAGUUUCGUGCAUGGCUAGAUGCUGAGUUCAGGGUCAACGAGUUGCUGUCACCUGCGAUGGAUGGAUGAAAGAGGGAGAUUGGCAGCUGCUCCUGCUCAGGAAACACACGGAUGCUGACUGACGAACCAACGCAUGGUGAAGUUGUACAUUUCAGACGUGCAAAGCUGCAGACGGAUCAACUUAUCCAGCUUCUUCAGAGUCUUCUGCCUCUGUUAUCAGUUUGCAAAAAAUUGCAGUUGGAUCGAGUACCAACCUAGCCAUCAGCCUUAGUGAACUUUGUUACUUCCUCGACACUCGCAGCCCCUGACAUUGUGGUUAUAGGGAUUCCACUGCACAUUGUGGUCUCGUCAUUUCGUCAAGCAGCUGUGCCUCUGCACCAUGAAGGUGAAGGGUGAUAAUCUUCUCGUAAUAGCAUGGAGUCAACGACCGAUCAUGCGAGCAAAAGCGCUUUUGCCGACAGAUUAUCUGAAAGGAGAUGUGCUUUCGGAUCUCCUAACUGAAAAGGGCGUCCAGUCCCAGCUGAUUGGGCGCCUCGUCUGCGAUGAUAAGUGCUGCUGUCGACGUACUGCAUGGGGGGAAGGUGUGGCUGAUUUGCUCAAGCACAUGGUUAGCCAUGCAAAUUUACAUCUUGCGUGCCAUUGCAGCUAGGAUCCAGAAAAAUUCUUGUGUUUCAAGCGGCCUGAAGUCUGAAAUGAGAUGCAAAUGCCCAUUUGUUGUGCUCCAGGAUUCAGAGUCUAAACCAAAAAGGUUGGGCGUGGUUGUGAAUCAUUAGGACUGCGAUGCCGCUUUCGGAUAACAUGACAACUGUAUGUCUCUAUCUGAUUGGACUUGCUCUCCCCAUGGAAUCCCUGCGACGUGCAGUUGAACCGAAGCAAACAAAGUAGAGUGUGAGCUGGUGCGACCCAUGCAUGCUGCUGCCGCUGCUGCAUUGCUGCCUGUCAUAGCAUGGGGAUGGACACAACUGUUGUGGUGGUUACUCUUGGGCUCCUACCAGCUACCACACCACAGCAAUGGGGGUUUAUACACAUCUUCCCAACUCCGGGGUAGCAGCUAUCCUGUAAGUUCAGCUCCCCCUUUGUAGUUUACACAGUUGCAUCAUAUCAUCGUAGCAAUGGCCAUUCCGCUUGCGCUUCUUCUAUCUCUGCUCUUCGGCAUCGUGCUUGCACCGGAAUGUGUAGCCACACCGGACAUGGCUCCUGCCACUCUGCUGCAGGUGAAGUCCGAUCUCAUUGAUCCUCAAGGCAUCCUCUCCGGCUGGUCGCCGGAGGCUGAUGUCUGCUCCUGGCACGGUGUUUCAUGCCUGCCGGGAGAGGGCAUUGUGACAGGCCUCAACUUGUCGGGAUACGGCCUAUCGGGCACGAUAUCGCCGGCGAUAUCUGGCCUGAUGUCCGUAGAAGUCAUUGACUUCUCCUCCAACUCCCUCACCGGGCCGAUCCCACCAGAGCUCGGCAUGCUGCAGAACCUGAAGACGCUGCUCCUCUACUCCAACUCCCUCGUCGGCACCAUCCCUCCGGAGCUGGGCCUCCUUGGGAACCUAAAAGUUCUCAGGCUUGGCGACAACAUGCUGCACGGUGAGAUACCGCUGCAGCUCGGCAACUGCACGGAGCUCGAGACCAUGGCGCUGGCCUAUUGCCAGCUGAGUGGUACCAUUCCUCACCAGAUUGGCAACCUGAAGAAUUUGCAGCAGCUGGUCUUGGACAACAACACUCUCACUGGAAGCAUCCCGGAGCAGCUUGUUGGUUGCGCAAAUCUGCGUAGUCUGUCAGUGUCUGAUAAUAGGCUGGGUGGCACCAUUCCCUCGUUCAUUGGCAGCCUGAGUGUUCUCCAGUCUCUCAACCUUGCAAACAAUCAGUUUUCCGGUGCGAUUCCGGCGGAUAUUGGGAAGCUUUCCAGCCUGACAUACCUCAACCUGCUCGGCAACAGACUGACAGGUGCCAUCCCGGAAGAGCUGAACCAGCUGAGCCAGCUGCAGGUUCUUGACCUGUCCAAGAACAACAUCUCUGGAGUGAUCAGCAUCUCCACAUCACAGCUGAAGAACCUGAAGUACCUUGUGCUGUCUGACAAUCUUCUUGAUGGCACCAUACCUGGAGACCUCUGCCCCGGGAACUCAAGCUUGGAGAACCUGUUCCUUGCCGGGAACAACCUAGAAGGAGGCAUCGAGGGGCUGCUCAACUGCAUUUCUCUGCGAUCAAUUGACGCGUCGAACAACAGCUUCACUGGGAAGAUUCCGUCGGAGAUCGACCGGUUGGCGAACCUUGUCGACCUAGUGCUGCACAACAACAGCCUUACCGGCGUUCUGCCACCUGAGAUAGUUAACUUGAGCAACCUGGAGAUGCUGUCCCUGUACCACAAUGGCCUCACCGGUGUGCUCCCCCCGGAGAUCGGCCGGCUGCAGAGGCUGAAGGCCUUGUUCCUGUACGAGAAUCAGAUGUCCGGGACCAUACCUGAUGAGAUUACCGACUGCACGAGCUUGGAGGAGGUGGACUUCUUCGGCAACCAUUUCCAUGGGACUAUCCCUGAGAAGAUUGGGAACCUCAAGAGCCUAACGGUGCUUCAGCUCCGGCAGAAUGAUUUGUCCGGCUCGAUUCCAGCGAGCCUCGGGGAAUGCAGGAGGCUGCAGGCAUUGGCAUUGGCGGACAACCGGCUCUCCGGCGCACUGCCGGACACGUUCAGGCUUCUCACCGAGCUCAGCAUCAUCACCCUGUACAACAACUCCCUCGAGGGCCCCCUGCCAGAAGCACUGUUCGAGCUGAAGAAUCUGACGGUGAUCAACAUCUCGCACAACAGGUUCAGCGGCAGCGUCGUCCCUCUCCUUGGCUCGAGCUCCCUCUCCGUGCUGGUGCUGACCGACAACAACUUCUCCGGUGUCAUCCCGACAGCGGUAACACGGUCGAGGAACAUGGUCCGCCUCCAGCUGGCUGGCAACUGUCUGACCGGUGCAAUCCCGGCCGAGUUGGGCAGCCUGACGCAGCUCAAGAUGCUUGACCUCUCAUCCAACAACCUCUCCGGCGAUAUCCCGGCGCAGCUCUCCAACUGCUUGCAGCUCACCCAUCUGAACCUUGAGCGUAAUAGUCUGACAGGCGCCGUGCCUUCCUGGCUCGGCGGCCUGCGGUUCCUCGGCGAGCUCGACCUCUCGUCGAAUGCAUUAACCGGCGUCAUACCGGUGGAGCUCGGUAACUGCUCGAGCCUUCUCAAGCUGUCUCUCAGCGGCAACCGUCUCUCGGGCAGCAUUCCGCAGGAGAUCGGAAGGCUCACGUCUCUGAACGUUCUGAACCUGCAGAAGAACAGUCUCACCGGCAUCAUACCGCCCACACUCCGGCGGUGCAACAAGCUCUACGAGCUACGCCUGUCGGAGAACUCGCUGGAGGGGCCGAUCCCCAUGGAGCUCGGUCAGCUGUCGGAGCUGCAGGUGAUGCUGGACCUAAGCCGGAACAGGCUGUCCGGACAGAUUCCGACGUCCCUCGGCAACCUCGUGAAGCUGGAGCGGCUGAACCUGUCCUCCAACCAGCUCCAUGGGCAGAUACCAACCUCACUGCUGCAGCUCACCAGCCUGAACCGCCUCAACCUGUCGGACAAUCUCCUCUCGGGCGCGAUACCUGCCAUGCUAUCAAGCUUCCCGGCCGCGUCCUACGCUGGCAACGGCGAGCUCUGUGGCGUGCCGCUGCCGACGUGCGGGGCCAACGGGAGGCGCCUCGCGAGCGCCACGGUGUCCGGCAUCGUGGCGGCCAUCGCCAUCGUCUCGGCCACCGUGUGCAUGGCUCUGCUGUACAUAAUGCUCAGGAUGUGGAGCAACUGGAGGGAGGUGUCGGUGUCGAGCUCGGACGGCGAGGAGCCGGAGGCGCACGACAAAGGGGGCAAGUGCUGCGCCGGGGACGGGAAGUACUGGAAGGUCGGCUCGGGCCUGGUCGUCGCGCCGUCGACGGAGGACAAGUACAGCUCGGCGUCGGAGAGCACCGUUCUCCAUGGGAAGCUCACGGAGGCGAGCGCCAUCAACUCCAAGGGCUAGUAGCGCGGCUUGCAUGCUGUGGUUGUGAAUCUCAAAAUGUUUGUGUAUUAUCAGUGGCUGUUUCUUGUAUCAAAGUUAUCGGUCGCCACCGUUAAGCAUUUUGUUCUCAUUUCUCUAAUAUAUUAUGUUCAUGUUUUAAAUUUUGUUCGUGUGUUCUUCAUCUGAAGCUAAAGCUUUUUUCAAUUAUCAGAGGACUUCAUUGUAAA